UUUCGAGUGCGUCGCACAGAGAAGUAUCGCGUUGUCCGAUUGACUCACUUGUAGGGCUGUCGCGCCACCGCCGGUUUCCAUACCUCGCCGUUUCCAUCUUUUUUGCCCAAGCGACCGACGUCUCUUGCCUUGCAAUCUGAUCAGAAAUCUAUCAUGUAGAAGAUAUAUUAAGAUGGACGCUCCUAACAUCUCGGAGCUCCUCUUGUCUGACAUGAUCAUGAGCAACCUAAGUGACCUCUUGCAUACCUUUACCGUCCAAGGAGACUGGGGCUUCUACCUGUUGAGGGUCAACAAGUACUUCAAAGCCGCCUCAGUAACUCUCUUGGUUCUGGAGGCCUUCUCUACGCUCCCCGACGAAGUCAGACAACUUCGGAUGUAUGCUACUUCGGACUGAUAGGAACUCGGACAGGUUGCUCUCGUGUGGACCUCCGAUUUCAGUGCCCUCAAUGUCCUCUUCUUUCUC